GGACCAACUACGACCGUGGAGCAAUGCCAUCCAUGAGUUCCUUCGCCUUAGCUUUGCUUUUUGUUGUCUUGACUGCAGGGCAAGUAGGCAACUUGCUCUGGAAGAAAGCCCGUAAAACAAGGCAACUCUUGCCUCCUGGUCCGCGUCCACUUCCUUUUCUCGGAAAUCUUCUCGAUAUUGAAGCACACGCACCUUGGAUCAGUUACGCGGAGUGGGGUGCGAUGUAUGGUGAUCUGGUGUAUUCUCGUGUCCUGGGCCAGGAAAUUUUUGUCAUCAACUCAGAGAAAGUUGCGAAAGACCUUCUAGAGAAGCGUGCCUACAAUUAUUCAGACAGACCAUAUUUCGAUCAUGUUAUUGAUAGAUUUGGACUAUCAUUCAGUUCCGUAUUUCUUCCUUAUGGUGACCUGUGGCGUAUGCAUAGAAGGCUCUUCCAACAAUCCUUUCGAAACUAUGCAUCUUUGCACUAUCGCCCUAUGCAGCUUCGCAAAGCACGCCAACUUUUGCUUCAGCUUUUAUCAACUCCUGAAAGUUAUGCCGAUCACUUUCAAACGUACGCUGCUGCUAUCGUAAUGUCUGCCGUCUGUGGCUAUGAGGUCACGUCUUGCACCGACCCGCUCGUGAUGAUGGCAAAGCAAACUGUGGAUUUGACUGUAGGAGCGACUGCACCUAGGAAAGUUGCAAUACUUAACGCCUUUCCAUUUCUCUUUCGACUCCCUUUAUGGUUGCCUGGUGCUAAUGUAAAGCAUGAUGCUUUUCGCUGCCGACGGUCCACACAAAAUAUGCUUGAAACGGCAUAUCGGAUUGUACAAGAAAAAAUGCAUUUGCGGACGGUCGGGCCUUGCAUGGUUUCUGAUUCCUUGAGAAGAUUCAAGAACAGGGAUGCUACAGGUAAAUUUGAAGCAGCAAUUAAAGAUACUUCUGCUACUGCAUUCUGUGCUGGUUCAGAAACGACUUCUGCGACAUUACUUGUCUUUUUGCUCGCGAUGGUUCUUCACCCACGCGUUCAAGAACGAGCUCAGCUAGAAAUUGACUCUAUUGUAGGCACAAACAGGCUGCCUGACUUCAGCGAUCGACCUUCUCUCCCAUACAUAGACGCUAUUGUCCGGGAAACCCUGAGAUGGCAUCCUGUUGCACCUUUAGGUGUUCCUCAUGCUACCACAAGUGCUGAUGUUUACGAGGGAUACUGUAUACCAAAGGGAGCGACAGUAAUCGCCAACGCGUGGGCUAUGUCUCGUAACGAACACAAGUACCCAAAUCCAUCAGAAUUCAAACCAGAAAGGUUUCUAACCGCAGAAGGAAAGCUGAACCAUGAUACUGUCAGCUUCGCGUAUGGGUUCGGGAGACGAAUCUGUGUGGGCCGAUAUAUGGCCGAUGCGUCUCUGUGGUCGGCCAUCGUGUCGUUAUUAGCAGAAUUCAGGUUCACGAAAGCACAGGAUACAUGUGGAAAAGAUAUUAAGAUUGAGCCACAGUGGACAUCUGGAAGUACCUCCCAUCCACUCCCAUUCCCAUGUCAUAUCGUGGCAAGGUCACCGGAUAUGACAUCGGAGAAACUAGCCCAGUUAAGUCCAAGCACCGACAGUUGA